AUAGGGCUAGAGGGGGAGAGAGAGAGAGAGAGUGCAGAACAUAGUAUUACCAAAUACUACACAGUCCUCUUUUAGACUGGACUGAAAAUACAGGCCCAACCCUAGUAAGAGAAGAAGGAGAAGGAGAAGAUGUGAAGGGAAUGAUUUUUCUCCAGAAAAACAUUCCCGCGUAGCGUUUACCAGUUGACCAUAGGAGUGCACUUUACUUGCGCUCGCGUGUGAACACAAGAAAGUUUCCUUCCACAACCCUCGAACAGGUCGUACAGGCGCGCACCGAACGGAAUUGGUCAGCUGAAGCUUCUCUCAUCGAGGCCCAGAUAAUUUAAAGAGAGAGGGGAGGAUUCGAUCCCGGAUGGAAGGCGAAAGAGGCUCAUCAUCGUCCUCGGUCCCGAACUACGACCUUCAAGUCACCUUCUCUGGCACCAGCCAUGGCAUUCACGAGAUCGGGUUCAUCCCAUUUGAAGACCAGAACCCGGUGCUCGGGUUCUUGACGCCCGCGCAUCCUCUUGUCGCCGCCGGGAAAGGCGCCACAACCGCUGCGACCCCCACCACUAGCAGGGUUGGGCUGGGCCACCACAACAGCCUCGUCGGCAGAUCGUCUUGGAAUAAUGACCAGGUCGGCGCACAUGAUCCGAAGGCUGUUAACGACGAGAAUUGCAGCACGAAUCCUAGCGAAGGAAACAAUUCAUGGUGGCGGAGCUCCACGGCGGUGGCGGAGAAAGGGAAGAUGAAGGUGAGGAGGAAGCUGAGAGAGCCAAGGUUCUGCUUCCAGACGAGGAGCGAGGUGGAUGUGUUGGACGAUGGCUACAAAUGGAGGAAGUACGGCCAGAAAGUGGUCAAGAACAGCCUCCACCCCAGAAGUUAUUACCGUUGCACUCACAGUAACUGCCGAGUGAAGAAGAGGGUCGAGCGGUUGUCGGAAGAUUGUCGGAUGGUGAUAACGACCUAUGAAGGCAGACAUAACCAUUCCCCCUGCGACGACUCGAAUUCAUCUGAACAUGAAGGGUUCAACUCGUUCUAGUAUUGCCCCAAGAGAGAACUACAAAGGGCAUUUUCAUGGUGAAUUUCGGAGAAGGUUAGUGUGUGACGAUGCUCUGUAAUAUCGUUGCAAAUGGACUCCGACUUCCCUGGUCGUGUGAUCUAUGUCUAGAAGUAUAGCUUCGUUAUUUUACUUGAACUUAUUUGCGGCUUCUUGUGUAUAUUGUGGCCGCUACAUUAAUUUCCUGUGAAAUAUACAGGCUAUGUGUUCGCUUGUGCAAUGUGACUUGUCUUCCAUUGCUUGUGAAUGCACUCGCAUUAGGAGUUUAAGUGGAGGAUGUAUAAAAAGACAGUUCUUUUGGUUUGGUUUAA